UUCAUUCAAGAUAAACUAUUUUUUUUUUUUUUUUUUUUAAAUACUUACAGUUUAUUUAUAAAUACACUUAUGAGCGAUUUAAUAUCUAAAAUUAAUGGACACAAAUUGUCAUGUUGAGUCCAAAAGGGUCUUACAACAAUACUAAACGCAGUGGUGAUUACAAGAGUGCCUGUCGCAAGGUAUGGCCAUUUCUAGUUACUGAAGGUAAUAAUAUGAGUAAUUCAAGAGAUGACAGAGCUUUGCAUCAUUACACGGUUAAUCGAUCGGUACCAGUAAAGAAUUUUCUAGCGCCAGAAGUUAGUGGUAAACGAAAUACGCCAGACGAGAAUAAUGAAAGCUUUCAUAGAGCAAUUGGAUCUAUUUUGGUGGUGGCACAAUUUUUUGGAGUUUUACCGCUCUACGGUAUACGUGCUCCAACAUCUCAGAAGCUAUCUUUUAAAUUAAAUUCACUUAAGACUUUUUAUAGUAUUUCUUUAAUGAUAGCACUUAUUUUUAUGGCUGUAAUUUCUAUUAUUCACAUGGUUAAAACUUUAAACUCAGAUGCAUUUCAAAUUCAUGGAGGAAUAGCAGCAGCAACAGCAGGUGCGGUUUUUUAUGGCAAUAGUCUCUUUGGCCUUGGUUUAUUCAUGUGGUUAUCUCCACGAUGGAUUAGCCUUCAACAACAGUGGAAAUCUAUGGAGUUACAACUAGAUAGGUGUAAACAAUCGCGACCGCGGCUUCGCUGGAAAUUCCGCGCGAUAGCAAUUACAAUCAUGACUCUAGCUCUUACUGAACAUGUAUUGAGUAUCCUGGUGAAUUUACCCGAUAAUAAAGAAGCGGAGAGCUUAAAUAAUACUUGGAAAGAUUCACUGAGAAUUUACAGCCAAAAAUCUCAUGCAUUUAUUCUCAGCAGCUUAAACUAUAAUGUCGCAUUAGGAAUAUUUUUAUUCACAAUCAGCAAAAUCGCGACGUUCACGUGGAAUUUCACAGAUGUUUUUGUUAUGCUGGUGUCAACAGGCCUCGCUGAAAGAUACAAGAGUUUAAAUAAAUAUUUGUUGAAGACUUCGUCGAUUAAAAAUUCAACUAUCGAUUGGGGAGAAUUUAGAGAGAAUUAUGCUACUUUGAGUAGUUUAGUUAAACGAACUGAUAGCGACAUGUCACCUGUUAUUUUGUUAUCAUUCGUUAAUAAUUUAUACUUUAUAUGCCUCCAAUUGCUUAACGGUCUAUCGACCGAAAAUAUGAGCAUGUUAAAUACAGUGUAUUUUUUUUUCUCUUUUGCAUUUUUACUAUCCAGAACAAUUGCUGUAACUUUAUUUACAGCCAGGAUCAAUGAUCAAAGUAAAAUUGCUCUACCAAUACUUUACAAUUCUACUGCGGUGAAUUAUACUGUUGAGAUGCAGCGGCUUCAGUUUCAAUUAACAACUGAUGAAGUGGCAUUAACUGGAUUGAAGUUUUUUUAUAUUACAAGAAAUUUUAUGCUUGCAGUCGCUGGAGCAAUCGUUACUUAUGAAGUUGUAUUGCUGCAAUUUAAUGUAGCAAUGAAGAAAUAAAAAUAAUAAAAUAACAUGUAUUAAUAUAAUUAAAAAAGUAAUGAACAACGUGA